GUGAGUGCGUGUGUGGCUGUUUCAGGCACUGAGUCUGUUCGCUUUACUUUGAAUGUCUCUCAUCCCAACAGAAGCUCAGUAAUGGUGGGGUGAGGGAAGUGGUGCUAUUGCUUCAGUUGUGAGUGAAGAGCUGGGCUCAGGGCAGGCAGGGAGUCAGGGAAUUAAAGUGGGCAGGAGGAAGAGAUACCUGCAAUGAGAAGAGUGUUAGAGGGUCAGGGAUGGCAUCCAUUCAACAGAGCCGAGCUGGAGACGAAGGAGAGGAUGGCGAGGAUGGCUCUCUCCACACGAUGCUGACGGCGAUAGAGGAAGAGCGGAUCAGAGCAAGCCUCAAGCAGGAGAUGAGUGGCCUCGGCUGUUUCAAAGAUGACCGGAUUGUCUUUUGGACCUGGAUGUUUUCAACUUACUUCAUGGAGAAAUGGGCCUCGAGACAAGAUGAUAUGUUGUUCUAUGUACGUCGCAAACUGACCUUUGUUGGUCCAGACAGCAGUGACGGCAAGCAGGUUGAAGUUGAAGUUUACCGCCGAGAUUCCAAGAAGCUGCCUGGUCUUGGUGAUCCAGACAUUGACUGGGAGGAGAGCGUCUACCUGAACCUGGUUUUACAAAAGCUGGAAUAUGUAGUAACAUGUGCAGUGUGCACACGGUCAGAUGGAGGAGACAUUCACAUUCACAAGAAAAAGUCACAGCAAGUAUUCGCUUCCCCAAGUAAGCAUCCAAUGGAUAGUAAAGGAGAGGAAUCCAAAAUCAGUUAUCCAAAUAUCUUCUUCAUGAUUGACAGUUUUGAAGAGGUAUUCAGUGACAUGUCUGUGGGUGAGGGCGAAAUGGUCUGUGUUGAACUUGUCGCCAGUGAUAAAAACAACACAUUUCAAGGAGUAAUAUUCCAGGGAUCCAUAAGAUAUGAAGCACUCAAAAAGGUCUAUGAUAACCGGGUGAGCGUUGCUGCUAAGAUGGCCCAGAAAAUGUCGUUUGGCUUCUAUAAAUACAACAACAUGGAAUUUGUCCGGAUGAAGGGCCCACAGGGGAAGGGGCACGCUGAGAUGGCUGUGAGUCGUGUUGCAACGGGUGACACGUCACCCUAUGGGACAGAGGAGGGCUCUGAUCCAGACUCCCCUUUGCAUGAACAGGGGGAUGCUUCUCCAUCCUGCAGUGCAUUUUGGGUAACUUCCUUCAGCACGCCACCAACUCCAGAACGCAACAAUCGCCCGUCCUUUUUCUCUCCUUCCUUGCGUAGAAAGACCCCCAAAAAUCGGAUAGCAGAAAUGAAAAAGUCUCAUUCAGCCAAUGACAGUGAGGAGUUCUUCAGGCAUGGCUCAGACAAUGCAGACUCUGAAGACAUGCAUGGUGUGUCCAACCUUCGAUCUCGCUCAUUGUCUGGGACUGGACGGUCCUUGGUUGGAUCUUGGCUAAAGCUGAAUCGAACUGAAGUAAAUUUUCUACUCUAUGCACAUCUCACCUACGUUACUUUACCAAUGCAUCGCAUCACAACAGAUAUUCUAGAAAUACGGCAGAAGCCAAUCUUGAUGACAUAGCAGACAGCAGGCACUGCCUUAUAAACUCGCAGCCAAGUGCCUAACUGCAACUGGAUUCUUGGCGACACUACCACCUAGUGUUGGGAUGGAAGGAAAGUUUGAGAAUACCAGCCAAUCAAAGUGCCUCCUUCACCUGCCCACAGGACAUCACCAGUGUUCAUUUUCCAAUCACACCGCAUUUGUGUUUUGAUAGAGUCCAGUUAGGAGCUGCUGUUUCCUAAGAAACCAAUAAGGAAUGCUUCAUGAACAAUGUCUCAAGACAAUUACUUUGUACCUAACAAGAACAGUAAACACGAACAAAA